GCCAAGUCCCCGCCCUGCCGGAGUCUCGCUCUGUCGCCCAGGCUGGAGUGUAGUGGAGCCAUCUCGGCUCACUGCAACCUCCGCCUCCCGGGUUCAAGCAAUUCUCCCGCCUCAGCCUCCCGAGUACUUGGGAUUACAGGCGCCCGCCACCUCGCCCGGCUACUUUUUGUAUUUUUAAUAGAGACGGGGUUUCGCCCUGUUGGUCAGGCUGGUCUCAAGCUCCUGACCUCAAGUGAUCUGCUUGCCUUGGUCUCCUAAAGUGCUGGGAUUACAGGCGUGAGCCACCGCAUCCGGCCCAAAAGCCUUUUUUGGAUGAGAAAGACUCACUCAGCUUCGUCCUGAAGAGCAAGUGGGCUGGGGAAGAGGAGAGUAUGAAUGUGAGUCCAAGAGCAAGUUUUGCACUUUUUUCUUCAAAGAAUGUCACCGUCUGAAGAAUGCGAUUGGAAGACACACACAUACACACACACACACACGCAGCCGGUUCUCUACAGGAUUAGAAAAAACUUGCGCGAAUCAAUCUGCGUAGUUAAAAACAAAUACGAAAUGAGCGAGAAAGCACAUAGCAGUCAAAUCUCGCCACCACAUAAACAGGUUAAGUUUGGAAGCACAGCCCCUAACAUUCGGUGCUGCUUAGCAUCUCCGACUUCCGGCGUCCUCCGUUGCUAAGGUGACCAGAGGCGCGUCCUAACGCUCCGCCCAACAAACCAUAGAGUACCGGAAAAAGCUCGAGCAGAGGGGUCGGAAAGGGAAAACAACUACGGCUGCGGUGUGGUUGGUGGUGAGAUGACGACCUUAGUGCUGGAUAAUGGAGCUUACAACGCCAAAAUCGGUUACAGCCAUGAAAAUGUGUCGGUUAUUCCUAAUUGUCAGUUCCGGUCAAAAACAGCACGUCUUAAAACUUUUACUGCCAACCAGAUAGAUGAAAUAAAAGACCCUUCUGGACUCUUUUACAUCCUUCCUUUUCAAAAGGUUGAUUUUUUAGAUACUAAUAUUAUUAUCACUGAACCAUACUUUAACUUCACUUCAAUUCAAGAAUCAAUGAAUGAAAUUCUAUUUGAAGAAUACCAGUUUCAAGCAGUAUUAAGAGUAAAUGCUGGGGCUCUCAGUGCACAUAGGUAUUUCCGAGAUAAUCCUUCCGAAUUAUGCUGUAUCAUUGUUGAUAGUGGAUAUUCCUUUACACAUAUAGUUCCUUAUUGUAGAAGUAAAAAGAAAAAAGAAGCAAUUAUUCGGAUAAAUGUGGGAGGAAAACUCUUAACCAAUCAUCUAAAGGAGAUCAUAUCUUACAGGCAGCUACAUGUUAUGGAUGAAACACAUGUGAUUAAUCAAGUGAAAGAAGAUGUAUGCUAUGUGUCUCAGGAUUUUUAUAGAGACAUGGAUAUUGCAAAGUUGAAAGGAGAAGAAAAUACAGUAAUGAUAGACUAUGUCUUGCCUGACUUCAGUACAAUUAAAAAGGGCUUUUGUAAGCCAAGGGAAGAGAUGGUGUUGAGUGGAAAAUACAAAUCUGGGGAACAAAUUCUUCGUUUGGCCAAUGAGAGAUUUGCUGUUCCAGAAAUACUCUUUAAUCCUUCUGAUAUAGGCAUUCAAGAAAUGGGAAUUCCAGAAGCUAUUGUGUAUUCAAUUCAAAAUCUACCUGAAGAAAUGCAGCCGCAUUUUUUUAAGAACAUUGUCUUGACAGGAGGAAAUUCCCUUUUCCCAGGAUUUAGGGAUCGGGUUUACUCAGAAGUUCGAUGUCUUACUCCAACAGAUUAUGAUGUUUCUGUUGUGCUGCCUGAAAACCCUAUUACUUAUGCCUGGGAAGGUGGAAAAUUGAUAUCAGAGAAUGAUGAUUUUGAAGAUAUGGUGGUAACAAGAGAAGAUUAUGAAGAAAAUGGACAUAGCGUCUGUGAAGAGAAAUUUGAUAUUUAAGCAACAUUUUUGAAUGAAAGUUGUGACCGUAAGGUUUAAUUUCAAAGUUCCUUUUAAAAGAGGUUAAGGAACUGUGUUACCUUUUGUCCUAAGAAAAAGGCUUGAAUUUAUGUAAAUACUUUGAUUGAUUGCUAAUUUUCAAAGUCUUCUUAGGUAGGUUACUACAGUAAACUGUAACUCAGUCCACAUUUUCAUUUAGGAGCUAGACUACCAUAACAAUGCUUAUGCUGUUUCCAAGGGUAGGUUAUUUUUCAUUAAAAGAAGAAUGAAUGCAUUUUAAGUUUAAUUCUUCAUAGCUGAAAGCACAAAUUUCACGGCUUCACUGGACAGUUUUCCUUAGAAGGUAGUUUUGUGUGACUGUGACUAAAGUAUUUUAUUUUAAAAUGUCAUUCUUAUUUAUACAUUCUAAAGUUGGAAAGACCGAUCUUAUAUGUGUAUAAUGUUUAUUUUGUACCUAGAGUACAUUUAAAAGGGUGGAGACUAAGCUAAUAAAGUUUUUUUGGCCACUA